AUGCAUCCUGAGUUAAAUCAAGAAAUAGUAAACUUAAGGCAUGAUUUAAUAACAGAACAUAACGACAUAAAUUCACUUCAAACUUCAUUAGACAGUAAAGCAGACAAGAACCAUACACAUGAAUCCUUCACAACUGUUAGAGCAGACGACAUAAUACUGAACUUUGACCUUGGUUCAAGUGCACCUUUAGAGAAUCCAAGCACUAGCGUAAAAGACACGCUUAACAGUUUAGAUAGUAAAUGUACGAAUAUCGAAGGUCAUGUCAGAAACUUUGAAACAUAUGAACUACCAGCCCUUUUAGAUAAGAAAGCAGAUAAAGAACAUACACAUGAAUUUUUCACUACUAUUAGAGCUGAUGAGAUAAUAUUGAAUUGGGCUAUUGCUUCAUCAAGCAUGCGUGAUGAAGAUAUGUGCACUAACCUAAGAGAUAUGGUUGUUGAUUUAGCCAAUAAAACCGACAAAAUAUAUGUAGAUGAAGAAUUAAAUCGUUAUGAUACAAAAGCAAUGAGUUAUACAGAAGAAGCAAAGGAAUGGGUAGAUGAAAAUUAUGCGAAGAAGUCGGAAAUGAAUGAUGCAGUUAAUGGUAAAAUAAAUGAAAGAUUUUCGAACAUAGAUUCAUUAACAGUUAAUGACAUUCAAUUACACCAUCAAUUACCGGGUCAAAAGAAUGUGGAAUAUAAUAAUCUUACUAAUAUUCUUGAUGGUUUCGAUGAAUUUAGAACUAAUGCAACAAAUGCAAUUGCAAGUAUGAAGAAUGAAAUAUUACAAGCUAUAUAUCCUGUUGGUUCAUUAUAUACAUCAAUGAAUUCAACAAAUCCGGCAAGUGUUUUAGGUUUUAGUACAUGGAAGCAGAUUGUAGAUAAAUUCUUAUACUGUGCUAAUUCAUCAAAUCAAACGGGUGGUUCAAAGAAAAUUUUAGAAGCAAACAUUCCACCACAUAAGCACACAGGAACUACAAGUGAUUCUGGAGACCAUCAACAUACUAUUGAUGGUAGAUUCUUAAAUCAAUGGCAAAAAGAUUAUAACAGCGAUAAUGUUUAUUCUCCAACAGAAUAUACAUCAAAAGUAGUUCAGUACAAAACAACAUGGAAUGGUAAUCAUUCACACACUUUCACAACUAAUACAACAGGUUCGGGUGCAGAUUAUAUGCCACCAUAUAUUACAGUUUAUGCAUGGGUUAGAACAGCAUGA